UUGCAUUAUCGAAAUAAAUAAUCAUACUAAUUAUAUAUUAAAACCAUUUGGACGAUAUUUUGAAUGGGGUAGAAUAAAAUACGAAACAGAACAUUGCUUAACAAUAUAUCCAAAUCAAACAUCUGGUAGAGAUGAUAGUUCUUCUGGUAUACAAGGUUAUUUUAUCUAUGAUGUUCUUGACAAAAAUACUGAUAAAAAAAUCUGUCAGAUAAAAUUGAAAUUUAAUAUUCCAUAUGAUACAUAUUCAUAUCGAAAAUCUAUAGAAUAUGAAAUACUCGAAAAUUAUAAUAAUUGUAAUAAUAAUAUCAAAAUUAAAACUAAUGAAUGUUGGGGUGGACAUGGAUAUAGUCAUAAUAGAUGUAGAUUUACCAUACAAUGA